AUGGGAAUCAUCGCUGUCGCAGGAGGAACUGGUGGCGUGGGCCGGGCCUUGGUUGAGGCCAUCAUUGCUCGAGGCAAGCAUGAGGUCAAGAUCCUUAGCCGCAAGCCCAAUGAUACUCUGUCGGAGGAAGUUGGGGUCCCUAUCAUAGUUGUUGACUACACCAGCGUCGAUGCUUUGAAGAAAGUCUUCGAGGACAACAGCAUCGAGACGGUCAUUUCGGCGCUCAGCACCAUGCCGGAGGCCGGCGUUCCGCCCGAGGUCAACCUGGUUCAGGCUGCCCAGGCCUCCAAAGUGACACGACGAUUCGUCCCUAGCAACUGGGGUGUUCCCACAACCGGGGCACUUGUUGCAAAGAUUCCUACCACUGGGAUGAAGAACCAAGCCAUCGAUGCGCUCAAGAAGACCGAUUUGGAGUACACGACGUUUUACGCCGGCUUCUUCGCCGACUUUUUCACGGGCCCCAGUAUUAAAACGUAUAUGACGCCCAUGAUCUUCGUUCUGGACUUGGCACACGACACUGCUGCUAUUCCAGGAUCCGGAAACACGCCAGUGUGCUUCAUUCACACGUUCGACCUGGCCAAAUAUGUCGCCCUCGCCCUCGACUUGGAAAAGUGGGAUGCCGAGUACUACGUGAUGGGAGACAAGUUGAGCUGGAACGAGUUUGUCAAGCUUGCUGAAGCUGCUAAAGGAACGAAAUUCAAGGUCGUCUAUGACAGUGUCGAGGACAUGGAGAAUGGCAAAGCGACUGAGCUCCCCGCACUCACCAAGGCCCUGCCCUUCAUUCCUAUCCCCAAGGAAGCGCUGCUUGCGUUCUCUGCAACCUUUGGGCUUCUGUGGGAGCACGGCAUCAUGGACUUUGAUGAAGAAACUGCCUUCAGCAGCAAGUAUCCUGAGGUUAAGCCGCUGAAGAUCAAAGACGCUUUGGAAGCUGCUGCGAACGCUUUGUAA